AUGUCGGACAGCGCACGACGACCACUCCCAGCUCCACGACCAUACGGUACACGUGCUAGACCUGUGAUGGUAGCACGUCCCAUACGACCUGUUGCAACUGGUGCAGGUUCAGCUGGACUUGGCGGUGCUCUUGGUGCUAUUGGUGGCACUCUUGGUUGUCUUCUUUGUUUAGCAGCUAUCGGAGCAUUGGGUUUAUUUGCAUGCCUCAUAGCUAUUACAGCAUACGCCAAACAAUUUCUUGAUGCAUAUAAAAGAGUAGAAGGUAUUAGUGGAGUCGGCCGAAUGGACGUUGGUGUUAUCCUCUUAUUCGCUUCACUUUUUUAUACUCUCAUCUGUCGUAUAAAGCGAAGCUAG